AGUGUCCGUGCGCCCAGAUUAAUUACUUUUAUCUCAGAUAGGAUGAAAGGAAUUAUAAGGGCAUUACAUGAGGGUUUUGGUGCACCACAUCACCAUCGAUAUUGUUUGAGGCAUAUAAGAGAUAAUUUUAAGAAAAAACACGGUGAGAUUAAUUUGCAAAAUCUUUUGUGGCAAGCUGGGUGUGCAACCGAUACAUUAGUGUAUGAACAUUGUAGAGAGAAGAUCAAGUCUUUGUCAUUAGAUGCACAUAAUUGGAUUGAACAUAACUUGAAGCCUCAAUUCGAGCAUCGAUGGGCAUUAUGUAAGGAUGAGGGUGUGCGGUUUUGCAUGAUGACAACUAAUUGCUCCGAGAGCUUUAACGGCGUUCUUAAAGGAGCACGAGCUAUGCCAAUACAAUCAUUGGUUGCAAGAACGUUCUAUAGGCUAAACUCAUACUUCAACAAAAGGCGUGAGGACGGUGUAGACUGGACAACGCGUUACACACCAAAGAAUGAGUCUAUUUUGCAUAGAAGAAUUGAGGCGGCAAGAUUAUGUCAAAUUACUGUAUUCAAUGACAAUGAAUGGCAGGUACAGGAUUAUGACGGUAUCUACACCGUUAAACUGUUUGAUGUUGAUUGCACUUGCACAUGUAACAUACCACAACUUCAAAAAAUACCUUGUGCACAUGUUCUUGCGGCUUCCUCCAAUCAGCCGGGUGGUGCGAGAAUUCCAUAUAAUCGGUAUUGUUCACCAUGGUAUUCAACAAUUCAUUACCGAAAGACAUACAGUGAGAGUUUUCAUCCACCCGAUGAUAGUCGGUAUUGGCCCGAAUAUACUGGACCACGACUAAUUCCACCUCAAUACAAGAGACAAGCAGGUCGACCACGAUCUGUACGAAUUAGGGGAACCAUGGAUCAAGGACGAGAAGGAAUUGUCAAGCAUAAAAAAUGUAGUCUUUGCAAACAACCGGGACAUACUCGACCUCGUUGUCCAGCUAGACUCAAUAGAUAGCAAUUAAUUGGUAAUAAUUGACAUAUUCAAAUUGUGAUUUAUUUUAAUGUAGACAAUAUAAUUAGUCGUGGAUCGGUUAUUGAUAUGUUAUAAUUGUAUGUGCAGGUAUAUACACCAUGGAGCCUGGACCGACGAGUGAUGAGGUCCUAUAUGACCAGCCUCGACACCGUUCACAUGUUAUAUCCUUGACAGAGAGAGGCCCGGAUAUUGUUAUGGUUGAUCAUAGCCUCAGCCAUAGCCGUUGGCAUCUAGAGGAUGAGCGCAUAAUAGCAGCUGUAGGACGGGCCGGCUUCUUGACAUGUUCAAAGCUUCGUUGGAUGAGGCUCGAUUGGCCCCUACUCACCGCUUUGAUAGAUAGGUGGAGGCCGGAGACCAACACUUUCCACUUCCGAAUGGGAGAGUCUACUAUUACGCUACAGGAUGUAGCUAUGAUACUUGGUCUCCGCAUAGAUGGUCCGUGCGUUACCGGCAGUGAUAGACAUUUUUGGCCGGACAAGUGUGAGGAGUUGUUAGGUGUAGCUCCAGAGUCAAUGCCUGGAGGAAAUAUUAAAUUGAAGUGGCUAAAAAAUACCUUCUCGGUGCCGUUGCCUUUUGAUGCGCCGCCAAUAUUGAUUGAGCAACAUGCACGUGCAUACAUUAU